UUUCCCAUCGACAUUGAAACUUCCCGAGCAAGAUACUCUUUCCUUGCUUGGUAGCAUCACCGUUUUUUGCAGCUCGCUUGCUCAUGGCCACAAAUCAAGAACCAGAACCGUCAUGGCAAGAACUACUUGGCAGCAAAAACUGGGACUCUCUUCUUGAUCCUCUUCACCUCUCACUUCGCAAGCUCAUCCUCCGCUGUGGUGACUUCUGCCAGGCCACAUAUGACGCCUUCAACAACGACCCAAACUCCAAGUUCUGUGGCACCAGCCGCUAUGGCAAGUCUUAUUUCUUUGACAAAGUCAUGCUGGAGUCUGCCUUCGAUUACAGAGUAGAAUCGUUUCUCUAUGCCACUGCUCGCGUCAGUCUCCCUGAAGCCUUCUUGCUCCACUCCAAGUCACGGGAGACCUGGGACCGCGAAUCAAACUGGAUUGGCUACAUAGCCACGACGUCCGAUGAAAUAACAAAAGCUCUGGGUCGUCGCGAGAUCUAUGUAGUGUGGCGAGGAACUACGAGAGACUACGAGUGGGUUGAUGUUCUUGGCGCAAAGCUUGAGUCUGCAAAACCUCUUUUGCGAGUCAACGAAAAUACUAACAAGGAAAACGAUGGCAGUAGCGGCAGUGACAGUGAUGAUGAAAAUGAGAAGAAGCCUAAAGUGAUGCUCGGUUGGCUGACGAUGUACAUUUCUGAGGAUCCCAAAUCACCUUUUACAAAAGUAAGUGCAAGGACACAGCUUUUGGGUAAGAUUAAAGAGUUGAAAGAGAGAUAUAAAGAUGAAAAUCUAAGUAUAGUGUUUACUGGGCAUAGUUUGGGGGCUAGCUUAUCGGUUAUAAGUGCUUUCGAUGUGGUUGAGAAUGGUUUCGAUAAUAUUCCAGUGGCAGCUUUUGUUUUUGGGUGCCCACAAGUGGGAAAUAAGGCUUUUGAUGAGAGGAUGAAAAGGUAUCCAAAUCUUACUGUUUUGCAUAUAAAGAACACGAUUGAUCUCAUUCCCCACUAUCCUAGCCGGUUGUUGGGUUAUGUAUAUUCGGGAACAAAACUGGUAAUUGAUACGAGGAAAUCGCCAAGUUUGAAGGAUUCAAAGAAUCCAAGUGAUUGGCAUAAUUUACAGGCUAUGUUGCACAUAGUAGCAGGGUGGAAUGGAAAGGAAGGAGAGUUCGUGCUGAAAGUGAAGAGAAGUUUGGCUUUAGUGAAUAAGUCUUGUGCGUUUCUGAAAGAUGAGUGCCUGGUGCCAGAGUCAUGGUGGGUGGAGAAGAACAAAGGGCUUGUCAGAAACGAAGAUGGAGAGUGGGUGAUGGCUCCACCAACGGAUGAGGAUUGGCCUACCCCUGAAAUCUGACUAUUUGCUUUUUCAAAAGCACUUGUCGUUUCUCCAUGGAUCACUAAAUCUAGCUGCUAAUAGGGUAAUUUGCCCUCUUUUCCACCUUCUAUUUUGUUUGAUUGUUGUUUUAAAAGUCAUGAUCCUCAAGGAGAUCAUCCCCUGGACAGUGAUUGCAGCAAAAAUAUGUGAAGAAGUGCUAUUUUCAGUGUAAAAUGUAUGUGGUGCUAAAAUAAGUAAUCCCUCGUGUAUGCAUAAUUAGGUAGUUUAUAUUGAUCUUUAGCGUAGCUGCUACAUUUACGCAUGCUUUUAAAUGGAGGCUGUUGCUGGAUAGGAAGUACGUAGAGAUUAGAGAGUAAUGUUUAUACUUUAUAGGCCAAAUAUUGCU